AUGUUAUCUACAAAUUUACGUUCGGCGGCGCUCCUAUGUCUUCCACUUGUGGCCCUAGCAGCUCCGUUCCCGAGCUCCCAGCAAAUACCGCUGGAUGCUCAAAGUAAACUCGAGAAAGCUGGCCCACUCAACUAUCAGUCUACCGGCCGUUUUCCAAUCCGCAUUCCAGGAAUCUCCAAGUCUCUCUUCGAUGAGUUCAAUGAUCUUGCCAAGAUUGCUGAUAUAGCCAACUGUGUCGAGUCCCUCGAGGAGAUCGAGUAUCCUUUCAAGUGUAACUCAUUCUGCAAGGAGUUCCCGGGGCUCGAGUUGGUGAUGCAGUGGAACACCAACGACAACGGCCUCGCCGAGCUUGGUGAGGAUACACACGGGUACAUUGCGGUUGAUCACGGUGGAAAGAAGAUCUUUGUUACAAUGGCGGGUAGCCGCAACAUCAGCUUGACCACGGAGACCGUGGAUUACGACCACGCCUGUCCUGGGUGCAAGGUCCAUGAAGGCUUCCAUAAGGAAUGGGAGGCCCUGGAGGGGCCCAUCAAGCAGGUGGUGAAACGGUAUUUUGAAGCUAGAGAUCCUUUCCAUACGGUUGUUAUUGUUGGAAGCCAGGGGGGAGGUGCUGUAGCGACUCUGGCUGCUGUAGACUUCGUUGUUAUGGGAUGGAACACCAAACUUACUACCUUUGGGCAGCCAAUGGUUGGGAAUGAUCGAUAUGCGCAAUUUCUUGCCGGGAAAUUCACCCCUUCGACUUAUCGCCGGGUGACCCAUAUUUCAGACCCAACUCCCAACUACCCUCUUACUGAGGAUAAGGCUGUCUUCUCUCAUUACGAGCCAUACUUCUUCAUCUCAAAGCCUUUUGCUCCCUAUGUCCCCUCCGAAAUCCUUCCGUGCAUCGACAUCUCUGAUCCCCAAUGUGCCGUUCCCCUCCCUCUCGGCCCCACCACCGCCCUGGUCCCCGCGGACUACUUCCACCACUCGGACAACUGCGUAGCCGGCGAACUAACCUCCUUAUUUUCUCUCCUCACAAUCGAUAUCUUCGACUUUAGGUUCAUCAGCGACCUACCAUUCAAGACCAAAAGAUCCAUCCUUGAUACCGGAGUUGGGGCCGAACAGGACAUCUUCGUUGAGCUACCAGGAUUUGGGGCCGGCCGCCGCCUCAGCAAGCGCAAGAUUACCGGCACUGGUGACGAUAAAGCGAGCCCGGAUGCCGACACCGAGACCGUUGUCGCCGACUCAAAGUUCAAAAAGACCUUUGCAAUGGUCGAGAAGCCAGAGCCCGUUCCCGAGAGCGAGAGGGUGCCCGUUUAUGUCCCCGAGUACGAAGACCAGGAGAUUUACUCUGCCAUGACAGGUUUCUCAAAGGCCCAGUCAAUGUGGAUCAAGCCCCAACCUGCCCCAGAGCCCGUAGCAGCGGAGAAAAAUAAGCGCAGUGAGCUCUCUGAUGACAAUGCGGAUUUUGAGUCCCCCGCGCUCAAGAACGUUAUUGAGAUGUUGGAUAAGCCUGCGCCGGUCCCAACUGAGUAUGAGGAUAAGGAGAUCUACGAUACUAUGGCAGGCUUUGAUAAGGCCCAGAAAAUGUGGAUUAAGAAGCCUCAAGGUGUUGCGAGUAAGCAGAAGAUCUCUGAUGAGUUCUUUGAGGACCAGAUGCUCCCUGAGUCAGAGGAGAUUGAGAAAAGAGAUAUUAUGUCUAUCAGCCCUGUGACCAUCUUGGAAGGCUGGACUGGAAUGGGCCAGGAGACCAUGCUCAAGAACAUCGACCUCGACCAUGCUGCAAGAAACAUGCAGCAGACCACCCUCGAGAAGCGUCACAGCACCCAUAGCACUCACAGCAUUAUAGCCGAGCCUGUAAACAUCACCGAAGCCGCUCUCGAAAAGCGCGGCUUCGACCGUGCUCUCCGCUUCUUCAACGCUCCCAAGGACGUCCUUGAGGCCCAGCUUGCCGCAAACCAAGAGAGCGCCGCCUACAACGCCCAACAGCGCGCCCUGACCGGCGGCAAGACCGACAGCGAAACCGGAAAGAAUAUCGACCCGGAUGAAGACUACUUCCGCAAGGGCGGGUCUGUCCUUCUUCUUAACGGCCGUCCCCUUGAAGUGGACGGCCACCCAGUCCUUUUUGAGCCCAAAGAAAAGGAGGUACAGCCCGCACCUGCACCCGCAGCUGCACCGGCCCAGAAGCGCUCCGUCAUCCCCGCGCAAAAAGGCGCGCGCGGCCCCGGCCUCGGCAUCAAGAAGGGUGGCCUCCGCCGUGGUGACAAGGACUGCGAAAAGGUAACCAAGCUUCAGAGCGCACCGGGCGACACCCGCUCCGUCUCUGAAGUUGGCGGGUUCACAAACGCGUUCCCGGCUUCCUUCGGAGAAGAGGUUGUCAAUGUCCAGAAGGGCCGCAAUGUCGUCCUUAUGAAUGGCCAGCCCAUGCCUGCCAAUUUCGCACAGAAAUCAGUUUAUGGCGAUGACCUGCCCGGUGCUGCCGACGCCCCAGAGGAAGACAAUGAUGAGAAGCCGUUUUCCCGUGGGCAGAUGCAGAAGGAUCUUCCGAGCUUGAAGGAUAUGUGGGCCAAGCACGAGAAUGCCGGUGCUCCCGUCACUACCGUCGAGGUGGAGAGCCAAGAGUAA